AUGGCGUUCCCAACCUGCUCCGUGGCGCCGCUGAGCAAGGUGCAGCGGCUGUACGACGCGUGCGACAUGGUCUUCUCGUCGGCGACGACGGCGGGGAUGCCGAUGCCCGCCACCCUCGGCGGGAUCAGGUGGCUGCAGCAUCUCCUCGAUGGCAUGGCGGCGGCGGACGUUGGGAUCGACGACGGGGAGAAGCAGCCGGCGUCGAUGGGCGGAGCCGAGCCGAGUCCGAAGAAGGGCGUCCGGCUACUGCCGGCGCAUGGGUUCACACGGAUCACCUACGUCCACAUACACCAGUCCGACGACUUCUCGAUCGGCGUCUUCUGCUUCCCGGCCGGCGCGACGCUGCCGCUCCACGACCACCCGGAGAUGGUGGUUCUGAGCAAGCUCCUCUACGGAUCGGUGCGGGUGAGAUCCUACGACUGGGUCACCGCGCCGCCGAGCUCUAGCCAAAGAAAAUGUGGCUUGGCGAGGGUGGUGGCCGCCGACGAGGUGCGGCGAGCACCGUGCGAGACGUCCGUGCUCUUCCCGCGGGGCGGCGGGAACAUGCACGCCUUCACCGCCGUCACGCCGUGCGCGAUCCUCGACGUCAUCACGCCGCCCUACUCGGAGGAGCACGGCCGGCCGUCCACCUACUUCAACGACGUCCCCAUCGUGUCUCUUCCAGGUUUUGCAUUUUUGGAGGAGGUGGAGAUGCCCGAAGAUCUCAGCGUCGUCGGUGCGCCCUAUCUUGGCCCUCGGAUUACGGUCGAUAUGGAUGACAAUGACGAUGACGACUACUACGACGAACACUAUGACAGCCAUGAUGACUAUGACGAUUAUACCAGUAGCUAG